CUGACAGCACGAUCGCUGCCUUCCAUACAGUCCGAUGAGAGACUACAACCUCUGCUUACUCGUCUCAGCCAUUCUUAUGUUGGCCCAGAUUACAGUGUGCAAAAGAACACUGGAAAAAUUUCUCUGGAGCAGAUUGAUGCUCUUUCUGUGAAAUCAUUCCCUCUUUGCAUGCGCCAGCUGCACAAAUCCCUCCGUGAUAACCAUCACCUCCGUCACGGAGGCCGUAUGCAAUACGGCCUGUUCUUAAAAGGUAUCGGCUUGACUCUGGAACAGGCACUGGAGUUCUGGAAGAAGGAAUUUAUCAGAGGAAAAGUAGAUGCGGACAAGUUUGACAAAGGAUAUGCUUACAGCAUUCGCCACAACUAUGGGAAAGAAGGAAAGAGAACUGAUUAUACCCCAUACAGCUGCAUGAAGAUUAUCAUGUCCAAUCCACCAAGUCAGGGAGAUUAUCAUGGGUGCCCAUUCCGCCACAGUGAUCCCGAGUUACUGAAGCAGAAGCUGCAGUCAUACAGGGUCCCUCCCAGUGGAAUAACUCAGAUCCUGGAAUUGGUGAAGGGCAUGCAUUACCAGCUGGCCUGUCAGAAGUACUUUGAGUUGACGCAUGAUGUUGAUGACAUCGGGUUUUCUUUGAAUCAUCCCAAUCAGUAUUUUACGGAGAGUCAAAAGCUGUUAAGUGGUGGCAGAGAGCUGAAAAAGGAACUAAGUAACUCAGGAAACUCUCAACAAAAAACUAAUAGUCAGGAAAGCAUGAAUUCGAAUUCUACUUCCACCACUUCAAACAUAACAGCUGAUGCAGAACUCGAGGGACUGGAGUCAUACUUCACUGAAGACUAA